CAUUGAAAUGUUGUUUUCUAAUCAUUCAAAAUCCAAAAGCUUAAAAUUGUGUAGCAAUUGUUUACAAUUGAUCUUUAGAUUAUUAUAACUAAAAGUAUAACUGAAUACUUUCAUUGAACUACUUGAACAUGGCCUUAGUGUUUUAUUGUCUGAGAAAGUCGAGUUUCUGUGAUGAGUGAUACCGACGACACCGAUGUACUUUUGCUAAUACCACCGAACUUCUUCCUCGUCAACACCUCCGGCUCCGAGGAUUCCUUCCUGGAGUCCUCAAGAACCGUUGUUCGCAAACCAGUUUCGUGCACCGCACAAGUUCUAGGCAAACUUGUUAACCAUGUACAUUCGUUAGAAUCUCGUUUAGAAACUUUAGAACUCGAUACUAGUGAGUUCUCAAGUAUAGGAUCACGUAAGAAACAAUGGGACACAGAUAGUUUCGAUAGCCGCAGUUUGGAUCGCAAGUGUUUCACUUUCCCGCGUAGACGUCGUCGGAAAAUUAGAAGGGAGAGAAGUAAAGACUUAUCUCUGACGAGUCUCGACACGGCUCGCGAAAAAGAUAUUCAUACUUCGCAGUUGAAAUACGAAUAUUGUAAAGUCGAGAGAUUAAAUGAUUCACACAGUAUGGAUGGGGAUAUCAGCAGUAUCGUAUAUACGCCGAGUAAAAAGAACGAUAAGCUUCUUCUACAUGAAAUAGACGACUUCCUAACUAGGGUGGAGACAUACGAGAGUCCAGACUCGAAAAAUAAGGAACAACAUCAGUUAACUACAGAUAAUAUUAUAAAAGCAACAGGUGAUUACAUAUGCCAGAACUUAGAAGAUAAAAAUCAGGAUGAAAUACAGCUACCUAGUGGAAGAAUAGUGUCUAGUAGUAUCUUAGAUAAGUAUAUAUAUUUAGUUAAAACAGCAAACCAAUCACCUCAAAGUACAACCUCUACAAGAAAUGAAAAUGAAUCAAAUUACAUGCCUAUUACAAAGCCAGAUAUUAAAUCUCCCAGCAUACGAAAGCUUAAUUUCUCUGAGCUGAAAGAACCUAAAGAUGUUCAGCCAACUUCCACACCAAAAAGAAAUAUACCACCUUCAUACUUAGAUACAUUCAAACCAUCAUCAAAUAAAAUCUAUGAAAGAGCAUCCAAAGUUCUAGAGCAUUAUAAGGCACAGAGUCGCAAUACCCAAAGUUCUAUGUCAGAUGGUAGUGAAUUGAAUUUGAAGAGAGAUGAAUUUACCAAGAAAGAUGAAUACAAUAUGAAGAAAGAUGAAUACAAUAUGAAAAAAGAUGAAUACAAUAUGAAAAGGGAUCAAUACAGUAUGAAGAGAGAUGAAUUUAUGAAGCAAAAUGAAUAUACAAAGAGAGAUGAAUUUAAAAUGCCUCAAAUGAGACCUUUUAUUUCGGAUAGAGAUGGUUUUAAAUUAGACUCAGUAGAUACAGAUUUGUUGAGCUUAAGUGAACUAUGGGGUGAAAGGGGAGACAGAGGAGAGAAGGUAGAUAGUAUAAAAUUAGAAGAGGAGCGGUUAAAAAGGGAACACUGCGAAGCAAUGAUACAACAGUUGCAGAAAAAGAUCCUUGAACAGCAAGAAAAAUUAGCUGUAGCAGUCAAAGUGGACAAGGCAAAGGAUGCAGCUAUUAAUAAAUUACGCGAAGCUUGGCUGCGUCUUACAGGCAGCUUGGAUAGAGCAGAGGAAAGACAUAGGGCAGCUUUAGACAAAAUGGUGCGAGAGGUCGAUAACUUUAAGAUGGUUGCUGGAGAAGCACAAAAGAAAACCAGUCAUUUCGAGACUGAGCUCUAUAAAGCGUUAGACUUAGCUCACGACUAUCAGGACAAAUGCAAACAUCUUACAUCUGAGAAGAAAGAGUUACAAGAGAAUUUGGAGAAGACUAUAGAAAGCAUAGGUGAAGCUAUCAGAUUCAAGGAUAAAGAGAUUGAGGCGUUGAAGGAGAACUACGAGACGGUGAUGAGGCUGAACAAACAGUCUACAGAUUGUGUUAAGAAUUUAGAAGAUGCUCUAGAAAAGGAAAAAUUAGACCAUGAAACUACCAAAUGCAAAACAACAGAAUUGGCCCGUAAAAUGGAAUCUCUGAGUGAGGAGAGGUCACUGGAAAUGCGGGAGAGGGAUGUUCUGAAGGCUAAGGUGAAUGAGGAGAGGUCUCGCUGCAGCGUUCUGGAGAGACAGCUGGGCGAGUCACAGAGUCAUGUCUGCGAGCUUAUGACUAAAUUUGAGUCCCUGGACAGCGAGGCGAAGUCCCUGAGGAAGCACCUCGAGCUCCAGAAGGCUGAACUGAAGAGCCACUACCAACAGCAGCUGGAGGACGCGGUGCUGGCCAAACUGCAGGAGUUCCAGCGCCAACUCGACUUGGCCGAGCGGGACAUGCAGGCGGCCGCGAGGGGUAGAGAGGCUGCUGUCGUGGACAAUUUCAACAAACAGAUCACCAGGAUUGAGGAGCAACACAAGCUCGAGGUGAACGUACUAGAAGAGAAGCAGAGGGAAGAGAUCAAGCUGUACAGGUUACAGCUCGCACAGGCUAAUGAGAAAAUCAGUUUGCUGGAGAAUAAGCUGGAGACGUACCGGCGCCGCAGGGGCCAGAUCGCGUCGCAACUGCACUCCGUCAUGGAGUCCCAGUGGCGGCAGGCGCUGCUCAUACUCACCAACGGGCACGCCGGCCUCCGCACUGCGCCGCCCAGCCUCGACAACACCGCGCCCGACUCUGUGGCGACGCCCGUGCCGCCGGAGGCGUGCGGCAAGGCGGGCGCACUCUCACUGCCGGGCGAGGCACGCGCGCGCCGCGAGCCGCAAUUUGACAACCUCAGCGACCACGAACUACAGCAAUACGUCAAACUGCUACUUACGAAGCCACCGAGAUUCGACACGGAUUCGCCCCCCGACCCCCGGGACUCCAGACCCCUGGACGAGGAGCCCACUAGUGACCGACCCGACAAACAGGAUCGGCGGGAUAAAGUCAGGAGGAGUCUGCAUCCAGGAAAACCACCGUGGAAAUCAUAGUGAAUGGUCUGGAUUCUUGCAUCCAUAAAUUAACCAUUAAACCCAGUUUUCACUGAAAGGAGUGGCGAUAUACAGGAAUAGAUAUAUGUUGGCUUUUGGUGAUCAUCAAGCGAAAAGGUCUUCGGAAAGUCCGUGAACGCUAUUUUAGGCCGAUUUUUUAGAAGCUAACAGUUUUGGGGAGCCUAGUCCAGUUACCUUAUGUGAAAUAUGUUGUGAAAAUUAAUUUGAAUGUGUCCAAAGAACUAGGUUUUCUUGGCAAAAUAAAGCGGUGUGUGGAACUCGUAAGGUUCAGUCAGCGUUUGCAAUGUAAGCGCACAAAAUAUCGUUAGGUUAGGUUGUCAGAGAUUAUAAAGGUAAUUCAAUGAUUUGCAAUCUGAUGUACAUCGCAAAUCUUUGAAUUUCUUUGCUUUUCUCAACUACAAUAUGCAUAAUAUAUAAACAUUCCUCGUGAAUCAUUCUAUCUGUUGCUGCAAACUGCAUUAAAAUCAGGUCCAUAGUUUGAAAGAUCUACGCGUACAAACAUCAGGAGCGACUUUGUUUUAUGCUAUGUACUAAAAAAAACCCAGUUAAUUCUGGAAUGUUUUAAUACUCGUAGUACAAUAAAUACAUCGUUUUCAAAAAAAUUCAAAAUUCAAAAUUCAUUUAUUUCAAGUAGGCCUAAUAUAAGCA